UCCACGGUGCUCCAGGCAGCCUGUGGCCUCUCAAGGCCCCGAGGGGGUUAGCACAGCAAAUUGCCCUCCUUCCCUCAGAAGCUGCCUUUGUCCAGAUGCUCUAGGCCUUCUCUCCCCGCCCUCUGACCUCCUGUCAGGACCCACUGGGAAGUCACUAAGAUGUGAGGCUAAGGUCACGCCGUGGUCCUCUGCCUUGUGACGGGGGACCAACUUUUUAACAAAAUGCAAGAGCCAGUGGGGAAGGGACUUGGCUGGACUCUCAGGGUUGGGCAGCAGAGGCUUCUGUCAGCCUCCAAACAUGGUGUCACCUGUGGGCUAGGGACAAAGGUUUCAACUCAUCAAUAGCUUUUGCUCCUUUGGGAGCUGGCAAGGAGUGGGGCAGGAUGGCACCGAACACCCUCUGUCUCACCCCUACACUUGCCAGUCCAGCUGCUAGCUGCAGGCUCCUCGGGCUCCUGCUGCUUGACAGGUGGGAGGCUGGUAGACUUAAUGUCCCUAGGACCAGUCUCCAACCAGGAAGGGACAGGACAUGGAAGACACCCCAUUUUUUGUACAGGGAAGCAGGCAGCUGGUCCAGAACCGGGUCCAUCUCUACAAUUUCCUGCUCCUGAAAAUCAUCCUCUUCAACCACUGGCUGUCGGGGUUGGCCCAGGAGGCCCAGGGGUCCUGUGGCUGCCAGUCCCACCCAGCCCCGGGCCUCUCAGCCUGCCCUGUGGGCCGGGCUCUCCGGGCUGGGCUGAUGCUGAUCGAGGUCCCUUUGUGGCUGCUACUGCAGGGGCUGAGGCUGGUGUGGGCAGCCGUGCUGGGCUGUGCUAGGGCCCUGGGCCUGGCCCCGCAGCGGCCUGGUGCCUCGGGGUGGCUGGGGCUGUCCGAGGCUACAUGGACAGACCUGCUUCUGUCGUGUCUGCACAGCCUGAUGCUGGCGGCCUUGCUGCUGCUGCUGCUGGCCUGGAGACUGUGCCGGAAAGCCCAUCGCUAUAGCCUGGGCUGGCUGCCCUGCAAGGUCCUGCUGGAGAAUCGUGUGGUACUAGAGCUGCUGGUGCUGCUGAAGCACCUAUACUGGUGGGUGGAGAGCACCACUGUGCUUACCUCCUGGCACCUGGCCUAUCUCGUCACCUGGGCCACCUGCCUUGCCUCUCACCUUCUGCAGACUGCCUUUGAGCACACGGCCCAGCUGGCCCAGGAUCAGGAGGCUGAGCCCCAGGAUGCCUCCUCACUCUCGGAGCCCUCAGCCCCUGAGGCUGAGCAGGUCCUAACACAGCAUGGGACCUUUGGAGAAUAAAUAUGUCCCCAUCUGCC